AAAGCUUUAAAAGCCAUGAUUUGUGUCUAUGAACUAUUGGUUUUUCCUUGUUUUGCUCAUGACAUAUAAUCGUCUUUUAUCUCUUUGCUAUGGAUAUUUGUCAUUGGUGCUUCAAAAUGUAGGUUUUGUCACGCUUUCAAUAGUGUGUGAUACUGUAUUUCUGGGAAAGUGCAGACAAUUUGAUAUGUUGUCGAUUAACGUCAAUUUUAAAAAUAAAAGAGGGGCCGGUUCCUUGGCGCCAUUAACAAAUAAGAGGACGGAAAAUCGUCAACCUGCGGAAUGGAAGACACGUGCAGUGUAGUGCAGCACUGAAAAAAAUGGCGCUCUAUCUAUGAUAUUGAAUGUGCAAGACAUGUGGCAUGUUUUGUUUAGACAUUACCAAACAUUUGUGUACACGAACCCAUCAUCCAUCGAGGAAAUGGUGUCUUGUACGUUUGAUGUAUAUAAAUCGCCAAAUUGAUACUGGCUUUUACUUUGGUGUUGAUACAAAGCAAAUGUGUUGUGCUCUUUAAAUCAAUAUCAGUAUAUGCACUGCAUAGCCUAGUACGGCAAACCUUCGGAACGCGGUCCGUACUCAUCGGGAGAACUGUAGUCGAAAACGGCGUUGAAAAAAAAAUCCGCAUGUGCGCUUAGCAUAGAGCUCUAUGGUAAUUUAAACAGAGAUCCGUAUGAGAAGUUAGCAUAGAGCCCAAAGUCUAC